AUGUAUACAUCAUCAUCUCCUCUUCCCAGAACAACCAAUCCUAACAAACUCUUUUCUAGAACCUUCCCCGCUUCUCCUCAUUCUCUAACUGCUCACUCAUCUCGCAAUUUUCGAUCAUUCUCUUGUUCCUUUCGCCACCUCAACCGCCGCCUCCAUUGUAAUUCUCCUCUCACUCUUCGUCCUCAGAUCAGAGCCGUCGCUCCCGCAGUAGAAAGUUUCCACCGCAAAAUCGCUACCACGGCCACUGAAAAUCCCUUUAAGGGAAACUUGACAAGUCUUCCUAAGCCAGGUGGUGGCGAGUUUGGAAAAUUCUAUAGUCUUCCUUCACUCAAUGAUCCAAGAAUUGACAAGUUACCAUACUCGAUUAGAAUUCUCCUUGAAUCCGCCAUUCGCAAUUGCGAUAACUUCCAAGUCACUAAAGAAGAUGUUGAAAAGAUUAUUGACUGGGAAAACACAUCCACUAAGCAAGUUGAGAUUCCUUUCAAGCCUGCACGUGUUCUUUUGCAGGAUUUUACUGGAGUGCCAGCUGUUGUCGAUUUGGCGUGCAUGCGAGACGCUAUGAAUAAGCUUGGCAGUGAUUCAAACAAAAUCAAUCCUCUGGUUCCUGUUGAUCUCGUCGUUGACCAUUCAGUUCAAGUUGAUGUGGCAAGGUCAGAAAAUGCAGUGCAGGCUAAUAUGGAACUUGAAUUCCAGAGAAACAAGGAGAGAUUUGCUUUUCUUAAAUGGGGAUCAACGGCAUUCCGUAACAUGCUUGUUGUUCCUCCUGGUUCUGGUAUUGUACAUCAGGUCAAUCUUGAAUAUCUUGGACGAGUAGUUUUCAACAAUGAGGGUUUACUCUAUCCUGAUAGUGUGGUAGGGACUGAUUCACAUACAACUAUGAUAGACGGGCUUGGUGUUGCUGGAUGGGGUGUUGGAGGUAUUGAAGCUGAGGCAGCAAUGCUUGGUCAGCCUAUGAGCAUGGUUUUGCCUGGAGUUGUUGGAUUCAAGCUAUCUGGAAAUCUGCGCAAUGGUGUUACAGCAACUGAUUUGGUUCUAACUGUGACACAAAUUCUUAGAAAGCAUGGUGUUGUAGGGAAGUUUGUUGAAUUUUAUGGUGAUGGUAUGAGUAAAUUAUCUUUAGCUGACAGAGCAACUAUUGCUAACAUGUCUCCUGAAUAUGGUGCCACCAUGGGCUUCUUUCCCGUGGAUCACAUUACAUUACAAUAUCUCAAGCUAACUGGGAGAAGUGACGAGACUGUAACGAUGAUAGAGUCUUAUCUCAGGGCAAACAGACUGUUUGUUGACUAUAAUGAGCCGCAACAAGAUAGGGUAUAUUCAUCAUAUCUUGAAUUAAACCUGUCCGACGUAGAACCAUGUAUCUCAGGACCAAAAAGACCCCAUGACCGGGUUCCUUUGAAAGAAAUGAAGGCCGACUGGCAUGCAUGUCUUGAUAACAAAGUUGGAUUUAAGGGAUUCGCUAUACCAAAAGAGGCACAAGGAAAAGUUGUGAAAUUUGAUUUUCAUGGGCAGCCAGCAGAGCUCAAGCAUGGUAGUGUAGUGAUUGCUGCAAUCACAAGCUGUACGAAUACAUCAAACCCAAGUGUUAUGCUUGGGGCUGGCCUUGUUGCAAAAAAGGCUCAUGAGCUUGGUUUGCAGGUCAAGCCUUGGGUUAAAACAAGUCUUGCUCCAGGCUCUGGAGUUGUUACUAAAUAUCUACUCCAGAGUGGACUGCAAAAGUAUCUGAACGAACAAGGAUUUCAUAUUGUUGGAUUUGGCUGUACAACAUGCAUUGGCAAUUCAGGGGAUCUGAAUGAAUCUGUUGCUUCUGCCAUCUCAGAUAAUGACAUUGUAGCAGCUGCUGUGUUGUCUGGGAACCGUAAUUUUGAGGGUCGAGUUCAUCCCUUGACAAGAGCUAAUUAUCUGGCCUCACCUCCUCUGGUUGUUGCUUAUGCUCUUGCUGGCACGGUUGACAUUGAUUUUGAGAAGGAGCCAAUUGGGGUGGGGAAGGAUGGCAAGAAUGUCUACCUGAGGGAUAUCUGGCCAUCUACCGAAGAAAUUGCAGAGACUGUUCAAUCUAGUGUCUUACCUGACAUGUUCAGAAGUACAUAUGAGUCUAUCACAAAGGGAAACCCUAUGUGGAACCAACUACAAGUUCCAGCUGACACUCUCUACUCUUGGGACUCCGACUCAACAUAUAUUCAUGAGCCUCCAUAUUUCAAGAACAUGACCAUGGAUCCUCCCGGAUCUCAUGGUGUGAAUGAUGCCUAUUGCCUGCUAAACUUUGGUGACAGUAUAACCACCGAUCAUAUUUCUCCAGCUGGAAGCAUUAACAAGGACAGUCCUGCUGCCAAAUACCUCCUAGAGCGCGGGGUUGAACGCAAAGACUUUAAUUCUUAUGGAAGUCGUCGUGGCAAUGAUGAGGUGAUGGCGAGGGGAACCUUUGCCAACAUUCGCCUUGUUAACAAACUCUUAAAUGGAGAAGUUGGCCCUAAGACAGUGCACAUUCCAACUGGGGAGAAGCUUUAUGUGUACGAUGCAGCAAUGAGAUACAAGGCUUCUGGGCAAGACACCAUUGUUCUAGCUGGAGCUGAAUAUGGCAGUGGAAGUUCUAGAGAUUGGGCGGCCAAAGGUCCAAUGUUAUUGGGGGUCAAAGCUGUGAUAGCUAAAAGUUUUGAGAGAAUUCAUCGCAGUAACUUGGUAGGAAUGGGUAUUAUUCCUCUUUGCUACAAACCCGGGGAGGAUGCAGACACAUUGGGAUUGACUGGUCAUGAACGUUAUACAAUUGACCUUCCAGAUAAAAUCAGUGAGAUCAAGCCUGGCCAAGAUGUCAAAGUCACAACUGAUAGUGGAAAAUCUUUCACCUGCAUUGCACGCUUUGACACCGAGGUGGAACUUGCUUACUUCAACCACGGAGGAAUUCUUCCAUAUGUCAUACGCAACCUCAUUAAGCAAUGA